ACCAGUCAAACCUCGCCCUGCUACCAUAUUUAGCCAAGCAAUUCCGACUUCUCCUUCACUUCCACUCCAUCUUCAAUCAAAUAUGGCUUCUGCGACAAGUAAUCCUCUCUCUCUGUCAAGUGUGUGGCUCCUGUUCAAAUUAACUGCGAAUGCACUUUGGUCACAAGUAGUUAAAUAGAAUACCUCAAGUUUCUCCCUUCCUACUUCGAUUUGCAAGAGAAAUGCAUUGUUUAGCAAUGAGGAGCAAUUUUGUUGAAACAGGCCAAGAGACGACGUCCAAGCUUGGAUUCCAGCGCAGUGAUCUGCUCGUUUGUCCAAAGCCUCGCCAUCUCGCGUCCGCCAUUCCUGAAUUUCUCAAGCCUCUCAGCCAACUCAAUACCGAUACCGACGAAAAAAGGGAGGUUCUCAACCUGACUGCUGAAAAGGCUGUCGAUGGACGAGACUCUCCAUUCACGAUUUACGCGGGAUCUCCCCCAGGCAGAACAGGGAAUCCUCUGAUCCAUGAUGUGCGGUUCAUUCGUCAGAUGGAGGUUUUUUCGCCGUUUACGCGGACGAAGCUCUCGGACAAAUUCGGCGUCACAUCUGCCUCUCCGUUCUGAGAUCCAGAAGAUGAGAGUAUCCUCAUGAUGGAGUUUUACUGCAACGAAAGAACUGCCAUAUUUGAGGUUGUUUUUGUAGAAAGUGUACUGCUGCUUUGUGUAAGCUUCUUAAUUUGUAUAUAACUGAGAUAAAUGCAGUCGAUCUGUGUUAAAAAUUA